CCUUCAAACAUUAAUCUGGAUCUGUCCUCCUCUCUGCGUCUGCACGAAUUGGGCAGGAUCAGAGAAGAGAAGAGAAGAGAGGAAUAAUGUAUAAGCCAACCCCAUUUGUAUUUUUAUCAAUAAUCUUCUUCCAUUCCCUUAUCUUCGUUCAUGGCCAUUCCCGAAGCGUAGCCUCAAAUAAUGCAAAGGUAUUGAAAGACGGCAAAAGGAUUUACAUCGUGUAUCUGGGAGGGAAGCCUCACGACGAUCACCGCCGGAUCAAAGAGUCGCAUUACGACUUGCUUGCCGGGGUUGUUGGGAGUCAUGAUGAGGCUAAGAAGGCGAUGGUGUAUAGUUAUAGGUAUGGGUUUUCUGGGUUUGCGGCUCUGUUGACGGCGGCUCAGGCGAAGAGGAUUGCCGGGGUAGAAGGGGUGGUUAGCGUUGUGGCGGAUAAACACCACAAAGUUCAAACUUCCCGGAGCUGGGAUUUCUUGAGGAUAUCGGAGAGUUUUGAGACUCCCGGGGAGCUUCUUCGGAAAACUAACAAGGGAGAUGGGAUUAUUGUGGGAAUUAUAGAUUCUGGGAUUACGACCAAGGAUAUGCCGUCGUUUGACGAUGCGGGGUUCGGGGAGGUGCCGCGGAGGUGGAAUGGGGUGUGUGGAUCUAUGUCUAUGUUUGGGUUUAAUGCGACGGGGAAUUGUAACCGGAAAGUGAUCGGAGCGCGGUGGUUUUUUAAAGGAGCGAAGCAUACCCCGGGUUUAAAUUUGAAUGCAUUUCUUGAUUCGGAUAAUUUCUCGGGUGUAGACACGUCGGGUCACGGGUCACAAGUGGCGAGCAUCGUGGCGGGUUCGUAUGUGGAGAACGCCACCGUGGCUGGGUUGGAGCUGGAUAUGGGCGUGCCCAGAGGCGGCGCGCCGAGAGCGCGGCUAGCGUCGUACAAGGUGUGUUGGAGUAUAGACGAAUCGAAUCAAAUGUGUUCCGGCGCGGAUAUUCUCAGCGCAUUUGAUUACGCAAUCCACGACCGGGUUGACGUCAUAUCCGUAUCCAUGGGGACGCCCGUCCCGCUAGCGUCCGGCACGGACGCAGAUAACGGCAUGGGGAUCGGCUCCUUCCACGCCAUCCUUAAAGGCAUCCCCGUCGUAGUCGCCGCCGGCAACGACGGCCCUACCGCCUACACAGUGUCCAACGUGGAACCAUGGCUCAUCACGGUCGGCGCUUCCACCAUGGACAGAAUCUUCGCUUACACCGUAACUCUGGGCAACGGCGAGAAAUUCAGUGUGGACUCGUAUUAUCCCCGCGGAGCCCCUCUUAGUCCCUUGUAUUAUGCAGGUGAAUACAGGACCGAAGCCGAUUUGAUUGAUAAAAAGAUUGAUCCAGCCGUAGUUAAAGGCAAAAUCAUCUUCAUGAUUGGUAAUGUCGCCGAUGAACGCUUCAUAUUAGUAACCAAAGCAUUAGAGGCCGGCGCCGCCGGAGUCAUCUACUCAAAUUCCCCCAGCUCAGCCCCUUUAGAUGUAGUAGACGUAGGCAUGCCGUUUGCUCAGGUUGAUUUUGAUGCCGGGACAAGAAUAAAGGAAUACGUAAUCCACACAGAUUUUCCCACUGCUCAACUAUGGUCUCCCAAGAUUCAAAUAGGAAGGGCAAUAACUCCCAAAGUCGCAGAUUUUUCAGCCAGAGGGCCGAGCUCCCUCGCGCCGGCGAUCAUGAAGCCCGACAUUGUAGCGCCUGGAGACAAAAUCCUGUGCGCCCAUCCAAAUGUAGAGAGUGGAUUCGUCAUCAACUCAGGAACAUCCCACUCUGCGCCUCACGUGUCAGCCAUCGUUGCGCUCCUCAAAAUAUCGCAUCCCGAGUGGUCCCCAUCCGCCCUAAAAUCCGCGCUCACCACAACCGCCUGGAACUCCGACACCUACGUUUCCCCCAUCUUCGCCGACGGAUCCUCGCAGAAGCUGGCCGACGCCUUCGAUUACGGCGGCGGAAUCGUCAAUGCCGCCGGCGCCGAUGAUCCCGGCCUGGUUUACGACAUGAGAGGACUAGAUUACGCACAGUACCUCUGUUCUCUCGGCUACAACAAUUCAAUCGUGUUCAAGACCAUAACAGGAGGGAAUCACACUGCUAAUGAAGAACAAACCAUCUGUCACAGCACUAGACCUUCGCUUCUGGAUCUCAACCUCCCUUCAAUGGUGGUACCGGACCUGUACAAACCAGUAACCCUAAGGAGAACCGUCACGAAUGUGGGACCCGUCAAUUCUGUUUACAAAUCCAUCCUUAAGUCUCCCGUGGGGGUCACCGUCACCGUGAAGCCUAGGGUGUUGAGGUUUGAUGCUAAUAGAAAGAAGAGAAGCUUCACAAUGAUGGUUUCUACAGACACACUGGUGAACUCUGGAUUCACAUUUGGAAGCUUGACCUGGACUGAUGGAGUUCAUAAUGUUAGAUCCCCAAUUGCUGUCAAGAAGACGGUUGUUCCCAUUUACUUCUAGAUUGGGGAGGGGUUGAAAAAAAUGGGGUGGGAUUGUUCUUGAAUUGACACAACAACAAAAAAAAAUCAUGUAAAUAAAGGUGAGCCUUUUGAUUUUAUCCCAAGAAUUCAUAAGCAUAUAUAAUUUCUUAAAGCAAAUCCAAA